AUCCCAAUCCGGAUAGAUAACGCUCGCGACCAGCAGCAUGCGAUUGAUGAAGCAGCUGAGCUAUGUUCGAUGCCGUACCGAGCUCCGGAGCUUUUUGAUUGUCACAUUGGAACAGUAAUCAGUGAGAAAGCCGACUAUUGGUCUCUCGGUUGUUGUCUUUAUGCUCUUUGUUACUUCGUUUCACCAUUCGAUCUCGUCUACGAAAAGGGCAACAGCGUUGCACUGGCUGCCCAAAGUCCCGAAAAGAUACAGUAUCCUGAUACGGGAUUAUACGACAAGCGGUUAACUAUCGUAAUGAGGCGCCUUCUAGUUGUGGAUCCCAUCCAUCGAAUGCCUUUAGAGGAUGUCAUCAAAGAAAUGGCAUCAUUAGAGAAGGAGACGUCCCAAAAUCCUGCAAAUAACAUAGUUUGA